CCGGGCCUGCGGCCCAGCUGAGCCGCGCGUCGCAGUGGCCCUGGCGGCCGGGGAGGUAGCAGCGGCGUCGGCGUGGUGGCGACAUGGCCAUUGUCUCAGAGGAUGACUUUUGUCACAGUUCAAACUCCACCUACAGAACUGCAAGCAGCUCCCUUCGUGCCGGCCAGGCAGCGCUCCUUGAGAAGCUGCUGGAUCAUCCGUCACCCAGCCUGCAGAAGCCCAAGGACCACUUCAAUGGCGCCUACAUCAUCUUCUUCAGCCUGGGCAUUGGCGGCCUCCUGCCAUGGAAUUUCUUUGUCACUGCCAAGGAGUACUGGACAUUCAAGCUCCGUAACUGCUCCAGCCCAGCCCCAGGGGAGGAACCUGAAGACUCGGACAUUCUGAACUACUUUGAGAGCUACCUUUCCAUCGCCUCCACCGUGCCCUCCGUGCUGUGCCUCGUGGCGAACUUCCUGCUUAUCAACAGAGUUCCAGUUCAUGUCCGUGUGCUGGCCUCGCUGACUGUCAUGCUGGCCAUCUUCGUGGUGAUGACCGUGCUGGUGAAGGUGGACACCUCAUCCUGGACCCACGGCUUCUUCGCUGUUACCAUCAUCUGCAUGGCGAUCCUCAGUGGCACCUCCAUCGUCUUCAACAGCAGUGUCUUUGGCAUGACCGGCUCCUUCCCUAUGAGGAAUUCCCAAGCGCUGAUAUCAGGAGGAGCCAUGGGUGGCACCAUCAGUGCUGUGGCCUCCCUGGUGGACCUGGUGUUGGCCAGUGACGUGACAGACAGUGCCCUGGCCUUCUUCCUGACUGCAGACGUCUUCCUUGGACUCUGUGUUGGGCUCUACCUGCUGCUGUCCCGGCUGGAGUACGCUAGGUACUACAUGACACCUGUUUGGCCAGCCCAUGUGUUUUCUGGUGAAGAGGAGACGCCUCAGGACUCUCUCAGAACCCCUUUGGUGGUCCCUGGGUCCAGCGACUCCGCGACGCCACCCCUCCGCCCCAUCCUGAAGAAGACGGCCGGCCUGGGCUUCUGCAUCAUCUAUCUCUUCUUCAUCACCAGCAUCAUCUUCCCCGCCAUCUCCACCAACAUCGAGUCUCUUGACAAGGGCUCAGGCUCACUGUGGUCGACCAAGUUUUUCGUCCCCCUCACUGCCUUCCUCCUGUUCAACUUUGCCGACCUGUGUGGCCGGCAGAUCACAGCCUGGAUCCAGGUGCCCGGGCCCAGAAGUAAAGUGCUCCCCGGGCUGGUCCUGCUCCGGACUGGCUUUGUCCCCCUCUUCGUGUUCUGCAACUACCAGCCCCGAGUCUACCUGCAGACGGUGGUCUUCCUGUCCGAUGUCUACCCCAUGCUGUUCAGCUCCCUCCUGGGGCUCAGCAACGGCUACCUCAGCACCCUGGCCCUCAUCUAUGGGCCCAAGAUUGUGCCCAGGGAGCUGGCUGAGGCCACGGGAGUGGUGAUGUCCUUUUACAUGUGCUUGGGCUUAGUACUUGGCUCGGCCUGCUCAGCCCUGCUCGUGCACCUCAUCUAGAAGGGCCGAUGGCAAGAGUGUCAGAGCUGCGCCAUGGUUGGGAGCAUGGUAAGAUGGGCAGGAUGUGCCAGGAGGGCUAGCAUGGGGCUCGGUGCAAAGAGCAGAGCACACCUGGGCUUCUUCUCUCCCCGGGAAGCUGGUGACCCGGGCCGUCCCCAUGCGAGGAAGAGACAUUCCAGAUACUUUAACAGAACACUCCUAAGACUUGUGAAGACCAAAAGACAUCUGAAUAAGACACAGUUCCGCAGUCACAAAGUGGGGUAUCACUUUCCUCACUGAUGGUUACAUCCCACCUUCCUUUAUAGCCCCUUGGGGCCUGUGUUGCCAGUAUUCGACUCAGUUAAGAGGUGAGUGCCAAAACACGCCUUUGCCUUCCAGCUGACAGCAAGACGUGAGAAUGCUCAGCUCUCCCUGACCAGAGGGGUCUCCCUGGAAUGGAAGGCCCGCUGGGAUGACCAGUCCUCAGGCC